AUGACGAAAUACCAGCCGGUACACCGUUUUAUCAAGUUCAUCCUGGCACCAAAAUGCAUGGGUUGCUGCAUUGCGGAUGGCACAAAGCCUUCUCCAUCAUCGCCAAGAUCGGCAGAUAAACCCAAACCGAAGACCUCUUCGAAACCGCUUCCUUGCAAAAAGUGCAACAGAACAAUUCCCGCAGGAAACCAAUUCUAUGAGGUUAACAACGCACCUAAGUGCAAGGACUGCUGU